AUGUCAAACUCAUUAGAUCUCUUAAAGCAAACUGGCACCGUCGUCGUAUCUGACUCCGGUGACUUCGAAUCAAUUGACGCAUACAAGCCACAAGAUGCUACCACUAACCCAUCCCUUAUCUUGGCUGCUACCAAGCAACCAAACUACGCCAAGUUAAUCGAUGUUGCCAUCGACUACGCUAAGUCUCAACAAGGUGACCUCAACUUGAAGGUUGAACACGCACUCGACCGUCUCCUCGUUGAAUUCGGUAGAAAGAUCCUUGACAUCAUCCCAGGCCGUGUCUCCACCGAAGUUGACGCUUCCCUCUCAUUCAACAAGGAAGCCACCAAGGAAAAGGCACGUGAAAUCAUCCAACUCUACAAGGAGAACGGUGUUCACAAGGACCGUGUCCUCAUCAAGAUCGCCUCCACCUGGGAAGGUAUCCAAGCAGCCAAGGACUUGGAAGCUGAAGGUAUCCACUGUAACUUGACCCUCCUCUUCGGUUUCGGUCAAGCUGUCGCCUGUGCUGAAGCUGGUGUCACCCUCAUUUCACCAUUCGUCGGCCGUAUCCUCGACUGGUACAAGAAGAACAAGCCAGAAGGCUCAUACGACGGUGAGAAGGACCCAGGUGUUGUCUCCGUCCAAAAGAUCUACAACUACUACAAGCAACACGGCUACAACACCAUCGUUAUGGGUGCAUCAUUUAGAACCACCGACGAAAUCAAGAACCUUGCUGGAUGUGACUUCUUGACAGUCGCUCCAGCUCUCCUUGAGCAACUCAAGAACUCAACUGACAAGAUCGAAAGAAAGCUUGACCCACAAACCGCUCAAGCAUCUGAGAAGAUCGAAAAGACAUCAUUCAUCAACGACGAGGCUAAGUUCAGAUGGGCACUCUUCGAAGAACAAAUGGCAUUCGACAAGCUCCACGAAGGUAUCCGUAAAUUCGGUGAGGAUGCUAUUACCCUCCGUGGCGAACUUAAGAAGCGUCUUGAAUAA